ACACACACACACACACGAGACUUCCUCUCGACUACGCGGCCCUAACAGCAGCUUACAAGCACAGACUCGCUGGCUCGGGGGGACCCGCUGCAAAGAAUUCUUUGCACUAAAUUCGCCUCCCGCCAUUCCUUUCCCGAACUCUCCUCUAGCCCCGAAAGCCCCAGGCUUAAUCCUUGUUUUAAAUCCGGAUCGUGGCCAGCUAAAAGGCCUUCUCGCCCACGGCUCGGGGGGCCAUCUCUGGGCCAACAGGCAAUAGCUGGGGAACCCGAAACUCCUUGGAGCGCCUCUGCGGCUCCUCCUGCCUGUCCCUCUCCCCAAUCCCGGACCGUGUCCGGGGCGGUGCAGUCGCUGCUGCUGGCAGAGGAGGAGCCCCCUCGGAGGGCAACUUCCAGCUGUGGGUUUUCCAGCACUUCAGUUUCACACGACAAAUAUGGCUCUGAGAGCCAGUCAAGAAGACUUUGAAAGGGCCAAGGGGCAAAUAAAGCUCUUGAAGGAGGAUCCAGGAAAUGAAGUGAAGUUAAAACUCUAUGCGCUGUUUAAACAGGCUACUGAGGGGCCAUGUACCUCACCAAAGCCUGGGAUGCUUGACUUUGUCAACAAGGCAAAAUGGGAUGCGUGGAAUGCUCUUGGCAGCUUGUCUAAGGACAGUGCCAGACAAAAUUACGUGGAUUUAGUAGCAAGUCUGGUUUCUUCUCAAUCCUUAAGCCAAGAGACUUCUAUUGAUAAGAAAUCUGAAUAUGAAACCCUAGUAGUCACCAGGGAAGACAAUAUUACAAAGAUCAUGUUAAACCGCCCAGCCAAGAAAAAUGCUAUCAAUAAUAAGAUGUAUAAUGAACUUAUACUAGCCCUAGAAGCUGCGGACAAGGAUGACUCGUCCCUAACCGUUCUCACAGGAAAUGGUGAUUAUUACUCCAGUGGGAAUGACUUGAGUGAAGCUGCAAAAGUUCCACCAGACGACAUUGAAAAGAAAAUUAAAGAAAGCUUUGAGUUACUAAGGACAUUUGUUGAUCAUUUUAUAGAUUUCUCCAAGCCCUUAGUUGCUGUAGUAAAUGGCCCAGCUGUAGGAAUCUCAGUUACACUUCUUGGGCUAUGUGACAUCGUAUAUGCAACUGACAGGGCAACAUUUCACACACCAUUUAUUCAGCUGGGCCAGAGUCCAGAGGCAUGCUCCUCUUAUACCUUUCCAAAGAUAAUGGGUCCAAUCAAGGCAACUGAGAUGCUUAUUUUUGGAAGGAAGUUGACUGCCCAAGAAGCUUAUGCUCAAGGACUUAUUACUGAAGUUUUUCCUGAUAGCACUUUUCAGAGAGAAGUUUGGACCAGGUUGAAGGCAUAUGCGCAACUGCCCCCAAAGGCUAUGAUGUUUUCAAAACAGCUAAUUCGAAGUUUUGAAAAAGAGACACUGCAUAAAGUUAAUUUUGAAGAAUGUACUUUACUUUGUGAAAGAUGGGUCUCUGAUGAAUUCAUGAAUGCCGUUGUCAACUUCAUAAACAGAAAGUCAAAACUCUGAAGAUUUUGAAAAUGAAGAUCAAACAUUUCUGAAGCCAAAAUUAAUCUUCUCUUGUUUAAGAUAGACUAAACUCAGGAUGCCUUUUGUCAUUAUCAAGCUACUGUUCUGAUGACUAUAUUUUGCUGUGGAGCCACAUAAUCAU